GCCGUUGUCACUGUUCAAAGAAAAGGAAGCUACGGCAGAAGAGGGUGAUCCGAGUUCCGGCUAUAAGCUUGAAGAUGUCAGAUAUCCCUCCUGAUGAUUUCUCAUGGAGGAAGUAUGGUCAGAAGCCCAUUAAAGGAUCUCCUCAUCCAAGGGGAUAUUAUAAAUGCAGCAGCGUGAGAGGGUGUCCGGCACGGAAGCAUGUGGAGAGAGCGCCGGACGAUUCGACGAUGCUGAUUGUCACUUACGAAGGCGAACAUAAUCACUCCCUCUCUCUACCUCAAACUAACACUCUAGGUUUACAAGUCAUCUUAGAUUCUUAAUUAAUUAAUUAAUUAGAGAUCAGAUCAGAUCAGGUCAAAAUUAAUUACUACCAAUUCAGGUAUGUAGUAGAUGUAUUUAACUGAUCCUGUAUAAAAAUGUUGGAUCAGUACAUGUUUAGUUCAAGCUAUAUGAGAUUUCUUUGAGUUUGUGACCAAGCUAAAGCUAGAUUAUACUACUAUAUCUCGUUUAGAUCAACU